ACCCCCUGCGCGCCCCCCUCGCACAGACACACACACACACGGUGCCCUGCACACACAUAUCCGCACGCAGACUCGCGUUUGCAUAAUCCUCCCGCCCACCUACCAACCCACCGCCCUCCUUAUCUCACCCCAGCCGGGUGUGUGUUUUGUGGCGAUGGGGGUUAGGCUUUCGUUCAGGCAGGCAGCCUUUGUGCAGAACGGCGUAAGGCGUCCGCAACUGUACAGGACGCAGCUUUUAAACGCCUGGAUUUCAAGGCGGUAACAAAGGCAAAAAAAGAAAGAAAGAAAGAAAGAAAGAACGAGCGAAAGGAAGGAAGGAGGAAAGACACGCAGGCGACAGGACGACUCCCUGGGCCGCGGCCAGAGUCAGCAGGAGUACGACCAAUAGCAAUAGCAACAAACGGGGAGAUGCAACAGUUUAAAGUGAGAUGCUUCACUACAUUUCAGAUGCUUCUGGAUUGAAAGGAUCAGCCAAUUAUAAAUUGUUGCCCGGGUGACAUCCUAAUGUGUUAAUAGCACACAUUCUUCCAGGAGGCUCCUUUCAUGUCUCCCAUGAAAGGACAUGAAUAUGAACAUGAACACAUGAAUUACAGACUUCCUGUAAUUGUUCUCUUUGGAAUUUCUUAAGUUUCUUCAGCAAAAUGUGUACAGCAUUUUAGCUGCAUGUUACUUCAGAAAGACUUCCUGCAACAGCUAUUGAAGCUUGCCUUCUUGCACAAGCAAACAGGGGUUUGACUGGAGAAUUCUCCUAAGGAAGCAGAAGAGAGAGGAAGACAAAAAAGAUUGAGUGAUAAUUGCUGGUUGUUUUCUGAAUACUGAGGUCCAUACAUCUGAAACUGAACUUUCCAACCUAAUGUAUUGUACAUUAUGGUUCAUGUCAACUUGUUUAGAAAAUGGGUGUUCGGCAUUCUCAUUUUCAUUUUGGUCCUGACUGUUUGUCUAUGGAAGGAAACACGGAAAGGAACUUACAUCUCCAUAAAAAUAGAAAGCCAAACUGAUCAUCUGCAGCUGUGGCAAUGGAUUAAAAUGAAAUCAGGAAUGGGCCAGAAUAAAACUGUCAAUGGCGCAGGCAACAUUACUUUGUCUAACAAAGAAUCCCAGGUUAAAUUUAAUAAUAUUGAACCUAAGCCCAAGGAAAUCAAAGUCUGGAACAAGUAUAGUUCUUCCCAACUUCUUCACCCUAGUCUGCAAAUGGCAAGAAAGCAUUACUUAAAAAUGAACAAAUAUCAUGUGAAAUACACUGGACCAAAGAAUACUGUUAAACUCAGCCCAGAACAAGUGUUCUGCCAACUUCAGAAAAAAAUAGACUUUAGGAUGAUAACUGCAUCUGAUGCCCCUUUUAAUACGCCUGAAUGGGAGACAUACCUGCCUAAGACAAAUAUCAGCAUGGAACUGGGCAAGCUGGGCCGAUGCGCAGUUGUAUCCUCUGCAGGAUCUAUUAAGCACUCACAUUUGGGAGCAGAAAUAGACAACCAUGAUGCAGUCUUGCGAUUCAAUGGGGCCCCUACCAAAGGGUUUCAGGUAGAUGUGGGUGAAAAAACUACAAUACGCCUUGUUAAUUCUCAGCUUAUUACUGUUGAAGAAAAGAAGUUUGUUUCAGAUGUACAAUUCAGCUUUGGAAUCAUCAUUCUGUGGGAUCCAGCACCAUAUCAUGCCAGUAUUUAUGAGUGGUUUCAGAAACCAGACUACCAUUUCUUUGAAAGCUACAAGCAUUAUCGGAAGAGACAUCCCAACCAGCCUUUUUAUAUCCUGAAUCCCUACAUGCAAUGGCAACUCUGGGAUAUCCUUCAGGAGAAUUCACCGGAAGAUAUUCAGCCAAAUCCACCCUCUUCUGGCAUGCUUGGCAUUGUUCUUAUGAUGCACUUCUGUGAUGAGGUGAACGUUUAUGAGUUUCUCCCCUCUAAGAGGCAAACAGACAUUUGCCAUUAUUACCAGGAUACAUUUGACCAAGCAUGCACGUUGGGUGCCUACCACCCACAGCUCUUUGAAAAAAAUAUGGUAAAGCACCUUAAUCAAGGCACAGAUGAAGAUAUUUACAAUUAUGGAAAAGUGACUUUACCAGGCUUAAGGAAAGCACAAUGUUAGGAGUAUGAAUCCCAUAUUCUGGGCUUGGGAGCCUGUCUUGAAUCACAAAGCACUUUAAUUUUUAAAAGUAAGAGUUGUAAGGGCCCUGUCAAGAAACCAAGGUGCAAUUCUUCCACUCCAUUUGCCUUAAUUCAGGAUUGCAACAUGUGCCAGAGACAUAUACAGCAUUCUGCAGAAUGCAUUUCUAAUGAGUGCCAAGAAUGUAAUUACCCAUCAGUUAUUACAGAAAUACAAUGAAAAAUCUAUUCUCAAAAAUUAGACACAAUUGGUUUGUGUCUAAUUUUUGUGACUGAAUUAAAAAAAAAUACAGUUGCUGCUUCAAAGCGUCUAGAUCAGGGGUAGUCAACCUUUUUAUACCUACCGCCCACUUUUGAAUCUCUGUUAGUAGUAAAAUUUUCUAACCGCCCACCGGUUCCACAGUAAUGGUGAUUUAUAAAGUAGGGUUGUGGGGGAGGGGCGCCGGCUACCAGCUCUGCUUGUCUGUUACAGCUGGGUAGUGUGGGGGUAGAUGUGCAAGCUAUUCUGGGAUGAGGCUCUUUUGUUUGCGGUUGCACUAUAGCGCCAUUUGGUUUCACUUACAUAACGUGAACUAAACUUAUGCGUGGGCGAUACAAAUAGUAUAUUUUUAUAAAUUUAAAUUGUCACGGGAAUUUUAUGAAAACCUAAUAAAAAUUUUAAAUAAUGCUAUGAAAAUUUUUUUAAAAGUCAAUUAAAUUUAAAAAAAGGCAAGUGCUUCAGUAUCGGACAAAACCCCUACCGCCCAUCAUGAAAACUGGAACGCCCACUAGUGGGAAGUAUGGACCAGGUUGACUACCACUGGUCUAGAUUUUAGAAACAAGCCAGUGGUGGAGGGACCAGGAUUUCUGUGCCUUGUUGUCAGACGUGUCUGUUCUGCACUAUUCAGAAGUCAAUAUAAGAAUAUGAUCCAAAAAGGCAACGGUGUGAGAAAAAUAUAUGAAUUUAGAGAGCCAUUUGUAAGGCCAGGUAUGCCGAUAGACAAAUAAAGACUGGAAAUUCAUGAAGUCCACAUUCUGGACAGAGGAUUACUGGUUAGAAAAGGAGUAAAAGAGGCCAUAUAUGUUAAAAUUGAAUAGCCUUUUCUCAAUAGAGGGGAAGGGAUAGACACCACCUAUCUCCUGUUUAUAACAUAAUCCUUUCAGCAGUGCCAAGAAGAUUCCACAUCCAUUUGCAUUCUGAUUCUGACUCUGACGGCACAGAUAAACCCCCCAAGAGGCCUCAAUGACUCUCAGAGAGCUAAUGACUCACCUUGAAAGUGCUAAUGACGAGAUGACUGCAAAAAGUAUAAAUCCUUCCAUGCCACAUCAUUCAGUCAGAACUGAGUAUGCUUCUUAGAUAAGAAGCGAAACAUCUUCAAGAAAAAAGAAAGUCAAGUUGCCUAUUGAAAGAACACCUUUGGGACAACCAUGACCUGGAUGACAGAAUCUCCAUAGACACUGGAAUUGAAAAAUAAUAUAUCACUGUUAGAGGAAUGAAAUCCAGCACUCAGCUCAAGCCUUUGCCAAGACAUUUUGCAAUCCAAAGUGAAGGACGAGAUGACUUUCCAUGUUUUAGCCAAAAGUUAGUACUCCAGUGCUCUUAUAGGUAGCAGAGUAGUGUAGCAGGCAUGGCAUAUGCCACUUUCCAACAUCUUAAUGCUGCUAGUCAUCAGCAUUUACUGUCUGAAGCGAGUGCCCCAUUCUGGAGGACCAAUUCUGGAGGAGCUGAAAAAAUGCUAUUCCGAAUUGGAUGUUGCAGAUACUAUAAAGUGCCAAAUUCUGUUAAAUGCCUGAUAUGCUGUGAUACCUUCAAUAUCACUAAAAUAAACCCAGUAUUAAGAAUUUGAAAGUAAUUUUUACAAAUCUAAUUGGAUUCAUCUUCUCUAUAUGUCAUUAAGGAUGGAGCUAUGAAAAAUGUGCUUUAUUUUGUUUCCAGAAUACGUUUUGCAGGGAAAGACUUUUUCUACAGAUUCUACAAUUUCUAUAUAGUCUGAAAACUGUUUUUCAUAGAUGAUGUUGAAAAAGACCAAAACUCAAUUAAUACUAUAUACACUGUAGAAUGUUUCUGUUUUUCACAUAUGUAUAUUCAUAUACACAAUACACUUCCUCUGAGCACACGGCCCAGGCUGUUUCAUUUUAGCUGAUUUAUCAGAAGAACUAAACUGCUAAGAUAAUAAUGUGUUGUGACAGCUUGUUUAAGUCACUUUCCAAACUCAAAUAUUGACAGGGGUGCUGUUUUUGUCAUGCCAUGUUUCCCCAACUCUCUACCCUCUUAGUUUCAGUGAGGAAAACAUUGGCAGAGGCUAUUCUGAGUUCAAUCUGAUGAAUUGAAAAGCAGUAGCUCUAAACCAGGGGUAUCAAACAGAGGUGGGUUUCAGCAGGUUCUGACUAGUUCUGGAGAACCGGUAGCGGAAAUUUUGAGUAGUUCAGAGAACUGGUAGCAAAAAUUCUGACUGGCCUCGCCCCCAUCUAUGCUCUGCCUCCCAAGUCCCAGCUGAUCAGGAGGAAAUGGGGAUUUUGCAGUAACCUUCUCCUGGAUUGGGGAGGGAAUGGUGAUUUUACAGUAUCCUUCCCCUGCCACGCCUACCAAACCAUGCCCACCAAGUCACACCCACAGAACUGGUACUAAACAAUUUUGAAACCCACCACUGGUAUCAGACUCACAUAGUCACAGUGGUGUCACAUGAUGUAUCGUGACUUUUUCCCCCUUCGCUAAACUGGACAUGGUCAUGGCCAGUGUGUAAUGCAUCUGGCCCAUGGGCUGGGAGUUUGGCAGCCCUGCUCUAAAGUAUCCUCUGAUCACUGUUUCAGGGCCUGCAACUGUGCAACUGAGGAAAACUAUUGUUGGUAUAAUUAUACCUGCAACACUUUUUGCAGCCAUAAUUAGUACCUCAAGAUUAUCAGACCUCUUUUUAUUAAAAAAAGGAACACUUGCAUCCAUCCUAGCAACUUAAUGAAUAUUUCAACAUCAUUUUGUUAUAUUUGUUUCACCUUGCCACUGUUUCAAAUGUAUUAUAACCUUUUUUUUUUUGCCUUCCUGAGGCUUGCUUUUAUACUUCGACUUUGUUCCUAUAUCUUCAUAUUGAUAGAUAUGAAAGGGCUACUUUGGGUAUUAUUUCUGAAGUAAUUUGCUAUGUUGACUUUAAUACUGUUCUUUUAAAAGAAAAACAAAUGUAUUAAUAUAAUUUUAUCGGUGAACAAUUAAUAUUUUUCCAGGACAAAAAAGUAUUCUAAAACAUUAUGAUUACAGGUCAUACUUGACAUACAACAGUUCAUUUAGUGAUCAUUCAGAUUUACAAUGGCAUUGAAAAAAAUGAUUUAUGACCGUUUUUCACAGUUAUGAUCUUUGCAGCAUCCUCAUGAUCAUGUGAUCAAAAUUCAGGUGCUUGGCAACUGGUUCAUAUUUAUCACCAUUGCUUUGUCCCAAGGUCAUGUGAUCCCCUUUUGCAAACUUCUGGCAAGAAAAGUUAAUGGGGAACCCAGAUUCACUUAACAACCCGUGUUACUAACUUAUUGUUGUGGCCCGCCAGACUCCUGCCAGACAGAGACAGUACAGAGGUUGGGGAGGAACAUGGCCAGUCCUGGAGUCUGGGGAAGGCUCUGAUGAGUGCUCUGCGUAAGAGGCAGAGAUGGGGCCAGGGCCGUCCAACAGUUAUCAGCUACCUUCGGAUGUCGGAGCCUGAGUUGGCCGUGUUGCUGGACAAAAAUCUGGCUUGGGGUUUUAUCCAGCCCUCGUCAUCGCCAGUGUCCACCCUGGUGUUGUUUUUGAAGAAGAAGGUUUUUACCUGGUUAUUGUGCUAUCCUUAUUCUACCUGCUUUUUGGUUUCAUGUAUUCCUUAUGUAUGUAAUCAGAAUGUAGUCCAUAUAUGAAAGAGGGUCAACAUCCAUUUGAAUAACUGUGUAGUUGAUGAAAUAAUAAAUUCCUCAUAAGAUUCCAAUUCAUUAUCAGCUUUAAGUACAGUAUGUAAUUAUACAUAACAAAAGUUAUGGUUUUGAGGAAUGCAGAUGCAAUUUGUAGAAGGGAACACCCAUAUCUCAACUUCUAACUUUCUAGUGUAUAUAAAACCAACACCAGCUAUUUUACUCUUACAAUUAUCUAUAUACAUUUAUUUGAAUUUCUUUAGUCAGAUCACUGUCUGGUUUUUCAAGUAUCUUAGUAAUAUGAAGGGGAGAUAGAGAACUUCCCAAGGCAUUGAAGAGAUAACUGUGGAGGUUGUGCAAAAUGGCCAUACUCAACUAAAACUUGGAUAAUUAGUGCAAGCCUUAAUUAUGCAUUAUUUCUACAUGAAAUGGUGUCAUAUAAAUUACUCCAUCCAGCCACAGAAUCUGAAACAAGUAUAUAAUGUCUUCUUUAAUUAGUUUACAUACCUGAAAAAUGUUGUUUUCCAAAACCAUUUGAAGGCAAUGAUGUCAUUCAAUAAUGUUAUAUUUUUAAUGGACUUGAAUUAAAAGAACUAUUCUUAAGAUCCAAAUCCCAGACAAUAUUAAAUACUUUUCAUUUUUGUUCCAAAAUGUGCUUUGUCUCAAGGUGUGUUUCCUUACUAUUUUUAUAUUCCUGUAAAGAAUUGUUCUAUUAAGAAGCGUUUGCAUUUUUUUUUCAAUUUAAAUCUGUAAAGCAUCAACGUCUGAUUUGUCAAUAAUGUUCUUUAAAAUACUAUGAAAUAACUCUGAAGGACCCAAAGAUGUAAAUUUUGCAAUAAAAGUUUUGUAAAGUCA